AUGUCUCCUUUUAUCGAUCAAAUGAAGCGCCUGGUUCUGGCGAUUCUGUUCUUGGGCAUAAGUGCGCUGGCCUGGGGGCAGGACUUUGUGCCCAUACCACCCAGUAUCGCGACGUUUAAUGUGCCUCCUCUGCCCCAGGCAACCGCAGAUCGACUGUCCAGGUACGCCAAUACCCGGGGUGCAUCUGUGGCUGGCUGGCAGGGCGAUCAACUGCUGAUUUACACGCGGUUUGCCAAUGCCACGCAGUUGCAUCGUGUGGCCAGGCCGCUGGCGUAUCGUGAGCAGCUGACGUUUUUGAAAGAACCUCUGGGUGCGGUGUAUCUGCCGCGUGGCGGGGCUACAGAUACGGUCAUGCUGAGCUGGGACGAAGGCGGUUCAGAAUUUGAUCAACUGUUCCUCUAUGACAUGAAAAGUGGCUCUGCCAGGCGUGUCAGUGAUGGCCGUUCGCUUUACACCGGUGUUAUCUGGGCGCCAGACAACCAGAGUUUUGUGUAUGUCAGCACCAAGCGUGAUGGGCGUAACUGGGACAUCUAUCACCAGGACCUGAACGGCAACGACAAUGCAUUGAUGCAACCUGAAAGUGGCUAUUGGUCUGUUAGAGACUGGUCAGCGGACGGUAAGCGGCUGCUGGUCAAAGAUCGAUUAUCCGUGAACGAAUCAAAGUUUUACGAGCUGGAUAUUGCGACAAAGAAGCUCACCCCUGUUCUUGGUCAGGAUGGCGGUGUGUCUAUAGAACACGCCCUCUACGAUGGUCGUGGUGGCGUGUAUUUCACUUCAGAUCAGGGCAGUGAAUUCCUGCGCCUGAAAUACCUGGACCUGGCGACCGGAAAUAUUGAAGUUGUGAGUCGCGACAUUAACUGGGACGUGGAAGGAUUUGAUUUGUCGCCGGAUUACAGCAAACUGAUGUUUGUCGUCAACGAGGCAGGGCUGUCUACUCUCAAAGUCUGGUCUCUGCCCACCCGUAAAGCCAUUGCUUUACCACAGCUGCCGGCCGGCAUUGUUGCUGCAGCCAGUUUUUCCCCGGACAGCAGCAGGAUUGCAUUGACCCUUAACAAUGCCACAACGCCAUCAGACGUUUUUGUGGUAGAUACAUCUCAACAAGACCUCACACGCUGGACCCACAGUGAACUGGGCGGUUUGGUCGCGAACAGGUUUGUUGAGCCCGAGCUGAUCAGCUUUCCCAGUUUUGAUGGUCUCGAAGUGCCUGCUUUUAUUUACCGACCAAACACGCCAGGCCCACAUCCUGUUGUCAUUUCAAUACAUGGUGGGCCCGAGGCGCAAUACAGGCCCUAUUUUUCGACCACCGUGCAGUCAUAUGUUAACGAGAUGAACGUGGCGUUGAUUGCGCCAAACGUGCGGGGUUCAAAAGGAUACGGUAAAAGUUAUCUGAAAAUGGACAACGGUAAGCUGCGCGAGAAUUCUGUCAAAGACAUUGGCGCGCUGCUGGAUUGGAUAGAUAAACAGCCAGACCUGAAUAACCAGCGCGUUGGGGUGGUUGGCGGAUCGUAUGGGGGCUAUAUGGUGUUGGCUUCCAUGGUCAAAUACGGCAAGCGACUGACGGCUGCAGUGGAUUCGGUUGGUAUAUCUAAUUUUGUCACGUUCCUGGAAAACACUCAGGCCUAUCGCCAGGAUAUCCGCCGUGCUGAGUAUGGUGAUGAGCGCGAUCCGGAUAUGCGCGCGUUUCUGCAGAGUAUCUCGCCGCUCAAUCACGUUGAUAAAAUGGUCACACCGAUCAUGAUAUCUCAGGGCGCUAACGACCCGCGUGUGCCGGCAUCAGAAAGCGAACAGAUGCGCCUUGCUCUGGAGGCCCAGGGAACACCGGUCUGGUAUGUAUUAGGUAAAAAUGAAGGUCACGGUUUUGCUAAAAAAAUUAAUCGACGUGAUGUGCGACGCCUUGCGGCGCGCGCCACAAAUAUGACCCAUGAAGCCAAACGCGAUAUUGUUGCGCGGGUCGCUGCUGGCGCUGAUGCUGUUGGUGUGACGGACAUUUACAUCACCAAAGAGCCUUUUCAGAUAUCUUCCAUGGCGCUUGCCAACAUGGGGCUCAAGGCCAACGUGCAUAUGGUUGAACAUCCACUGGCUAAUGAUGCAAUAGACACAGAACGCUCCAUGGCCAUGUUUCGUGAAGCCGGCUGCAACACAUUUGUAUCGUUAGGAGGAGAUGGCACCAACCGGGCCAUUGUUCGCGGCGCCCCGGACAUCGAUCUGGUGCCGCUGUCUACCGGUACAAAUAAUGUUUUCCCGGUGCUGGCGGAACCUACCGUCGCUGGCAUUGUUGCUGGUUUGAAUGCCUGCGGAAAGCUGGUGGAUGCAGAGGCGAAUGGUUUGAAACAGCGCGUUAAGGUACUGCAUGUUAAAACGCCUCACGCUGAAGACGUGGGUCUGAUUGAUGCGGUUCUGUUGCGUCGGGACCAUGUCGGUAACCUGUUGCCAUUCGACGCUCAGCGUCUUGGGCGCAUGCUGCUGACGCGCGCAGAGCCUGCGUCCAUUGGUAUGUCACCAAUAGGCGGUUAUCUCCAUCCGGUUUACGCUGAAGACGACUAUGGCCUCGCGGUGACCAUGGACCCGGAUGGGCAGCCGGUACUGGCACCCUUGUCGCCGGGAUUAUUCCGGGAGGUAGGGGUGACUGCUGUAGAACGGGUAGCUUUUGGCGAAGAAAUCACCAUGACCGGGCCAGGCGUUAUUGCCCUGGAUGGCGACCGCGACCACAAACUUGUUGAGGGUGAAAGCGCUACUGUGUGUAUCCGUCGAGAUGGUCCCUGGGUAAUCGAUAUAGAGCGCACCAUGCGCUGGGCGGUAUCACAAGGUAUCAUGAUAGCUUACGUAAAGGGCCAGGGCGCCGUUUCUGAUGGCGAGCUGAAAAACGUUUUGGUCUUGGGUUGUUCCGGCGGCUAUGGUCUGGCCAGUCGCAUUGUUGCUGCUUACGGCUGCGGCGCAAAUACUCUGGGCGUGUCUUAUGAGCGGCUCCCGACUGAUAAACGCACGGCAACCGCGGGCUGGUAUAACAACAUCGCCUUUGAUGAAGCUGCCAGUGCAGACGGGCUCUACGCCAAGACACUGGAUGGCGAUGCAUUUUCAGAUGAAAUGCGUGCCACCGUGAUCGACACGAUCAAAGCAGAUAUGGGAAAAAUAGAUCUGGUUGUUUACAGCCUGGCAUCACCGGUACGCCAACAUCCCAGGACCGGUGUAUUGCAUCGCUCCACCAUCAAGCCGCUGGGUGAAGCCCUCGACAUCAAGUCGGUGCAUGUCGAUAGUGGGGAAGUGGUUCAGGUGAAUCUGGAGCCUGCAACGCCUGAGGAAACAGAAAAUACCGUUGCCGUCAUGGGCGGCGAAGACUGGGAAUUCUGGAUGGAUGCGCUGCUCGAAGCAGACCUGUUGGCCGAUGGCGCGAAAACGGUAGCGUUCACCUAUAUAGGGACUGAGCUGACCUGGCCCAUUUACUGGGAAGGUACCCUUGGUCAGGCAAAAAUCGAUCUGGACCGCGCCAGCCGCGCCAUCGCAAAAAAGCUGGCCAGUAUUAAUGGUGAUGCCCGGGUUGCUGUCCUCAAGGCCAUUGUCAGCCAGGCCAGCUCGGCUAUACCGGUGGUGCCGUUAUACGUUGCGUUGCUGUUCAAGGUGAUGAAAGAACAGGGUAUCCAUGAAGACAUCAUCAGCCAUAUACACCGCAUGUUUGCGACCCAGUUAAAAGGUGGCGAGCCGCUGCGCCUGGAUGAUGAAGGCCGUAUCCGCAUGGAUAACAUAGAGCUGUCGGAAGGGGUGCAGAGCGAAGUCUUGAAGCGAUGGCCUGAGGUCACCACCGAAAAUCUUCCCGUUCUUGGUGACCUGGAAGGUUAUCAGGAAGACUUUCUGAAAAUAUUUGGCUUCGGUUUUGAGGGUGUGGAUUACGAUGCUGAUGUCGCAGUCAUUGUCCAGUGGCUGCUGCAACACACGAUUCACCGCGUCACGAUGCAGGCGCUGUACCUGAUGGAAUGGUUGUGGGUUCUUAUGCUUGCGCUUGCGGCAGGCCUGCCCGCAGUGGCGGUGGCAUCGUUCCUUUUGGUGGUGCUGGUCUGCCAUACCACGCUGUGGGGCGGGCGCUGGUGUUUGUUUGUCCUGGGUUGCGGGGUGAUGAGUGCCUGGUUGUUCAAGAAUCUGGUCGGCUUCAACUUCGUCAACGAUACCUGGGUAGCUGCUAUUGCCCUAGUGAGCGGCAUUAUUUUUAUGCUGGUGAUCUGCAGCAUUGCCCACCACCAGGCGCUGCCCCUGGAAGAUCUUUCCGAUCUGCUGAACCAGUUUUUUGAUGUUGUGCAUGAAACCGCUGAACAGUGGGGUGGCUCGGUGACCAAAUUCUUAGGGGAUGGUGCUCUUUGUGUUUUUCCCUGCCUGCCUGAGCAGUGUCGAGCCAACGUUGCUCGACAGGCCCUGCGCUGUGCGCAGUUGCUGCCGGACAAAUUUUCUCAGGCCGGGCCAGUUGAGUCAUACAGCACAAUCAAGGUGAAAUUGAGUCUUGGCCUGGCCUCAGGUCACUGUUACGUAGGCCAAUGGGGCGGUGCCAGGCGUGAUUUCACCGUUAUUGGUGCACCCGUGAACCUGGCGAAUCGCCUGCAGCGCAGCGCUGCGGGCCAUGGCGGCCUGUUGCUGGACACAACAACCGCCGGGCUCACCCAUGAGCGCGGACUGCAGACAUCGCCGGUAAAGCUCAAUUUGUCUGGCUUCGGCCGCUGCGAGGUGAUUUCUGCUGGCCGUUAUAUGCCGGAGUAUCAUCAGGUGAAAGGGGAUACGCCCAGUCUCGACUUUUUCAAAAAUCCUGAGAAAGCCGCUCAAGCCACGUUGGAUGCACAGCGUAUCCUGGGUGUUGAUGCAGCCAUCAUGUUUGCUGAUCUGCUGCCCAUCAUGGAACCUAUGGGCUUGCGCCUGGAUUACGUACCUGGAGCGGGUCCUGUUUUCGAUAAUCCGAUACGCAGUGAAAUAGAUGUGCAGUCUUUAAUUAACGCUCCCGCAGAAGAGGCAACACCUUACAUAGCGCAAACGGUAAAAAAUAUCCUGCAGGACCUGCCUGCCGAUAUCGCGCUGAUUGGUUUUGCCGGUGCGCCCUUCACCCUGGCUUCUUACGCCAUUGAAGGCAAAGGUUCACGCAACUAUGUGUUUGUGAAAAAAAUGAUGUAUGAACAGCCAUUGCUGUGGCAUCAGCUGCUCGACAAGCUGGUGCAGCAACUGGUCAGCUAUCUGCAUCUGCAGAUUGAAGCAGGUGUAGAAGCCGUGCAGAUCUUUGAUACCUGGGUUGGCAGCCUGUCGGUUUCAGACUUCCGGGUAUAUGUUCUUCCCCAUUUACAGAAGAUGCUGGCGCAGCUGAAAGGUCGGGUGCCGGUGAUUUACUUUGGCACGGGUAACCACCAUCUGUUACCUGAAAUAGCACCAUUAGGAUUUGAUGUGCUGGCUUUCGACUGGCGCACACCGCUGGCGCCAACCUGGGAUGCACUGGGCAUUCCAGCGGUACAGGGUAAUCUCGACCCGAUCGUGCUGUGUGCCGACCGGGCUACGGUGGCCAAACAAAGCGAGCAGUUAUUAAAAAGCGUCGCAAACCGCCCCGGCCAUAUCUUUAAUCUGGGCCACGGCAUCAUUCCCGAAACGCCGGUAGACAAUGUGAAGUUCCUGGUUGAUUUUGUGCACGAACAAACCGCGCGCUGA